AAAAUGGCGGCCUCCAUGUCGGGGAUGUUCCAGCACCAGCCCCAGAGCCAGGCCCCGCCGCCCCCGCCCCCCGGGCUGCCCGCCCCGCGGGCCCCCAACACCCUGGUGGACGAGCUGGAGGCCUCGUUCGAGGCAUGUUUUGCAUCAUUGGUCAGUCAGGAUUAUGUCAAUGGUUCUGAUCAAGAAGAAAUUCGAACAGGUGUGGAGCAAUGCAUACAAAAGUUUUUAGACGUUGCCAGACAAACAGAGUGUUUCUUUCUGCAGAAAAGACUUCAGCUUGCUGUGCAAAAACCUGAACAGGUCAUUAAAGAGGAUGUUUCCGAAUUGAAAAAUGAGCUGCAGAGGAAGGAGGCCUUGAUUCAGAAACACCUCAGCAAACUGCGUCAUUGGCAACAGGUCUUAGAAGAUAUCAAUGUACAACCCAAAAAGCCAUCUGAACUACCGCAGGGUCCUUUAGCUUAUCUUGAGCAAGCUUCUGCGAACAUCCCCGCUCCGAUGAAGCAAACGUGAAAGCGAUUUACAAUGCGUGAGUCAGUUCGCAAACGGAAAACUCAGGUCUUCCCAAGUUUUCUGUUGUGGAGCGAAGUCAAUCUCGAAGGAAGUGCCGAAGCACUUCAAUGCAGAAACGCUUUUCCGUGACCUUCCGUGUAGUUUCCAGGCUGUCGGUAAAAUUACCCGUCCGGUCGGAUUAGUACCGCAUUUCAGGCUGGAAAAAAAAAAUGUAACCCUUCGCUUUAUUUAUAUGCAAUAAAUGUUUUUGCGACCG